UACUCAACUGCUGAACUGCAGGCCACCUAGUGGUAAUGCUAAUGUUUGGGUCACGUAUGCAAAUCAGAGGACAAAUACAAAUAGGUAUAGUUGCCGGUCAUGAUCAGGCCCUGGACCAGACUUUGAGCAUUCUUGGCUUCUCACUUCAAGAACACAACACAACUGUACACAACACGACAGAUUUGGACCAUAACUCAUACUUACCAGCCUGAACUGUUCAUAGCACUGAGCAGAAGUUUAGCAUAAGGACCUGGAGGAGACAGAGGGUUGACCAUGAUGUCUGGAAACAAAGUCGUCGAGUUACAGGUUGAGAUGCGGCAGAAUGCGGAGGACAUGCAAAGCUACUUGAAAGAGCUGGAGAGUUGGGAAACAGACAUAAAGAGAAAGGAUGAGGAGCUGAGGACGGGGGGACGGAAGCCGGAUCAGAAAACACUCCCACCCGUGCGCAACAAGGACUACAAAAACAAAAUGAGGCAGAAGAGGAAGAAAACGGCGAUCGUUUCUGAUGGUGAUGGUGAUACAAAAGCUGAGGAGGAGCAGAAAAAAGAUUUAAGGAUAAAAGGUUAUGACUAUCGAUCUUGGGACAAGUUUGACGUGGACAAAGCUCUGGCAGAGAUGGAUAAAGAAGAAAGUCCAGCAGAGUCCAAUGAGUCUGAUUCAGAGGAUGCUUCAGUUGACACGGAGAAAGCCCUGACUGAGAAAGAGAAGGGUAACACGUUCUUCAAAGAUGGAAAGUACGAUGAUGCCAUUGAGAGUUACACCAGAGGGAUGAGUGUGGAUCCGUACAACCCGGUGCUUCCCACCAAUCGAGCCACUGCUUUCUUCAGACUUAAAAAGUAUGCCGUGGCAGAGUCCGACUGCAACCUGGCGAUCGCUCUGGACGGAAACUACUUUAAAGCAUAUGCACGAAGAGGAGCCGCCCGAUUGGCCUUGAAGAAAUUAGAAUCUGCGUUAGAAGACUACGAGAUGGUUCUGAAGCUUGACCCUGGAAACACAGAGGCCCAGAACGAAGUCGUGAAAAUCAAAGAGGCCCUUGGGCAUCAAACAGUCCAGAAUGAAGCCCCGCAGCCGAAGCAGGAGGCUGUUCCAGCCGACACGGAGCAGCAGAGACUGAUGGAGGAGCAGCGCAGGAGGCAGGAGGCCGUUCUACAGAAAGACAGAGGUAACGCUUACUUCAAAGAGGGGAAGUACGAAGCAGCCGUCCAGUGCUACAGCCAAGGCAUGGAGGCCGACGGCCUGAACGUCCUCCUUCCUGCCAACAGAGCCAUGGCCUUCCUGAAGCUGGAGAAGUAUAAGGAGGCAGAGGAGGACUGCACCAAGGCCAUCCACCUGGACAGUACUUACUCCAAGGCUUUUGCUCGGCGUGGAACAGCCAGAGUGGCUUUAGGGAAAGUGGAGGAGGCCAGAGAAGAUUUUCAGGAGCUGUUGAAGCUGGAGCCAGGAAACAAACAGGCUCUGAAUGAACUCCAGAAACUCGACAUGAGGCUCAGUGGCCUCCUCGACACAGAGGUCGGCUGCCAGAGGAGAACGGUGCAGCCCAUCGAUAAACCAACGCAUCUGCGUUCAACUAAACCUCUGAGGAGGAUUGACAUCGAGGAAGUCAGUGGGAAAGUAACGCUGCUCGAAGGAGAGUCGGCCGCAUCCAACGCCUUUGUCCGAGAAUUGGGUCCGGACCCUGAUGCCGAUUCUUCACCGCUGUCGACGUCACCCAGCGCCAAGAUGAUCAAAAUCGAGGAGAUAGAGGCCACACCCACAGUGACGGCCAAUCAACCCGUCCAACGGAUGCAGGAGGAAACUGCUGCACCGUCAGAAACCACACCCACUGCUGCACCACCCUCCACGGUCACAGACCUCCCUCCUCCACCAACCAGCAGCUUCCAGCUGGAGGCCACGCUCCGGAAAAUAGGAAAGCAGCCGGAAGUGAUUUACAGAUAUCUGAGGCAAAUUAAUCCAAAAUGUUUCGGCAAGAUUUUUCAAAACUCCCUAGAGCCUGACAUCUUUAAUCAGAUCUUGAAGACGUUGAAAGAGUUCUACAUCCUGAACGAACCGCCGUCUGUCGUUCUGGAGAUCCUCAGCGGUCUGGCGUCUGUGAGCCGCUUCGACAUGGCCAUCAUGUUCAUGUCGUCGGCCGAGAAGAAAAUGCUUACAGAUCUGUUCGACUUUCUCCAACAAGCCGAGCUGGAAAAAUCAUCUGUCGCAGCUUUACGAAAGAAGUACGGUAUGUGAGCCCUGCUUUGGACAACGGCAGCAAACACGCCGCGCUGAUGCGGCUUUAAUCAGAAUGAACAGAUAACGGUGGUAUCAAAAGGAUCAGUCUCUAUGAGAACUGUGUUUAAAACAACGUCACGUUUUCUCACCUGCUUUGACCACAUUUAACUAUUGUCUAGGAAGCGUUGCAUUCAGGAAAAACUGGAAAAUAAAGAUGUGUUUUGUAAUCAGA